AUGUACUCUGACCUGUGUGCUCUACUUGAAAUGAUAAUAAUGUCACAUGUGUCAGAAGUGGCUGAGUUCCAGAGCUGCAGUUGUGAUACCUUCCAAGCUGCUAUCUACCCCCUCAAUCAGCCUGCUCUUCUCAAGGGCCUAGACUUGGGACCUGCCCUGAAGCUAUGGAGAUCUCCCGACUACCUGGCCUCGCGUGUUGGGCCCAAACCAGUCAAAAUACACGUCAGCCAAUCUCCGAAAAUGGAUUUUGUGUCUAAAAAUUUCCUCUACAGGACGCUGCCGUUUGAUGAGCUGGUACACAGAUGCAGUGACCCGGGACAGAAGAAAGAAUACUUUGUCAGUCCAGACGAGGUCUAUUAUUUAAGAGCUGUGGGUGACAAUCCACGUAAGGAUAUUGCAAACUUCACCACCGACUACCCGUCUCUAGUCUCUGACUUGAUUCUACCGCAAUUCUUCCCUGAGGACAAAUUAUUCUCCUCUGUGUUGCGAGUGGCAUCACCUGGUCUGCAAUUAUGGACACAUUACGAUGUCAUGGAUAAUUUAUUGGUUCAGAUAGUCGGACGCAAACGUGUGGUGCUAUUCCCUCCGUCAGCGCUUGAAGAUCUCUACCUGAAGGGAGACAAAUCAACGGUGGUUGAUAUCGAUACUCCAGACUUGGAGCACUUCCCAAGAUUCUCAAAUGCUGAGAGAUUUGAGUGCGAGAUGUCUCCCGGCGAUGUCCUCUUUAUUCCUGCACUGUGGUUCCACAACGUCACCUCUCUGGGGUAUAGCGUCGCCGUGAAUAGUUUCUGGAGAGGCCUAGACGAUAAGUUUUACGAUAGCAAAGACACGUACGGGAACAAGGAUCCCCCGCAAGUACAGAGAGCACUACAAAUGGUAGACAAAGCCAUGGGAUUAUUAGCAGACCUGCCUGACUCAUUCAGAGAGUUCUACUGCCAGAGACUCAUCACAAGAGCAAAGGACAAAAUGACCAAUAAUGUUGAUUAAUAAUUAUUCUUGUGCAGCAACUGUAUCAUUAAUUUUGUUCACAUUCAAUUUGUGUAAUGACCUUUAA